UAUAACACGCAUUUGCGACUCGGGAAAACAUUGUUUUGAAUAUACAUUAGCAAAAGACUAUAGUUCUGCGCAUAAAAAUCGUAACCUAAAACGGAAUAUUUGUAGCUGACCUUCAACGUCAAUUUAAAAUAAUUCAAUGAUUACUUGGUAUUUAAUUGACAUCGGGCUCGUUGGUCGCCUCGCGACGUUCGCUACGCGGCCGUGCUGAAAUAAGUUUUGGAUUGUGUUGUAUUUUUGUGAAUUAUUUACAUAGAUAUAAAUUUUGAAAUCCACACAACGGAUCUAAUAUGGAUGGUCCCGCAGGACCAUCAGCAAGCGUACAUGAUGGUGGCGUGAGCAGCAACACAGAAGCCAUGGACAGGCUACGGAUGGAUGACAGCUGUCAGAAUAAGACAGAAGUUAAAGUUAGGAGUAAGAGAUAUGGCAGGGGAGCAGUAGAGUCAGGUUUGACGCACGAGUGCGGUGUGUUCGGCGCAAUAGGCAUGGGAGAAUGGCCGACCCCGGUCGACAUACCGCAAGUGUUAACGUUAGGAUUGGUAGCGUUGCAGCACAGAGGGCAAGAAUCAGCGGGCAUUGUGACGUCAGAAGGCAAAAGCGCCCGCACGUUCAACACACACAAAGGCAUGGGUCUCAUCAACAAUAUAUUCAACGAUGACGCCAUGAAGAAACUGAAGGGCAACCUCGGCAUCGGACACACGAGGUACUCGACGUCGGCGGCGUCUGAGGAGGUGAACUGCCAGCCGUUCGUAGUGCACACGGCGCACGGGGCCCUCGCCGUGGCGCACAACGGGGAACUCGUCAACUGCAGCAGUCUGAGGAAGAUGGUGCUAGGUCGGGGUGUCGGUCUCUCCACGCAUUCGGACUCGGAGCUGAUAACGCAAGCUCUGUGCCUGAACCCUCCAGAGGGCGAGACCAACGGACCCGACUGGCCCGCCAGGAUCAACAAUCUCAUGAGGCUGGCUCCUCUGAGUUACUCGCUGGUGAUAAUGCUGAAGGACAAGAUAUACGCGGUGAGGGACCCGUACGGCAACCGACCGCUGUGCCUCGGCAAGAUUCUGCCGCUCGGCUCAUCGUAUGUCUACAAACAGUCGUCCUCGCAGCAUGCCGCCGUUUUGAUGAACGGCUGCGCGAAGAACGGCAUGGACGACAAACCCGAAGGUUGGGUCGUUUCCUCUGAAUCUUGCGGUUUUCUUUCUAUUGGCGCGCGGUACGUGCGCGAGGUGUUGCCGGGCGAGAUCGUGGAGAUGUCGCGGCACGGCAUCCGCACCGUGGACGUGGUGGAGCGGCCCCACGGCAAGCACCAGGCCUUCUGCAUCUUCGAGUACGUGUACUUCGCACGGGCGGACAGUAUGUUCGAAGGUCAGAUGGUGUACUCGGCGCGCAUGCAGUGCGGGCGCAUGUUGGCGCGCGAGUCUCCCGUGGACGCCGACAUCGUGUCCUCCGUGCCGGAGUCCGGCACCGCCGCCGCGCACGGAUAUGCGAGACAGUCGGGCAUUCCGUUCAUGGAGGUGUUGUGCAAGAAUCGGUACGUGGGCCGCACGUUCAUCCAGCCGUCGACGCGCCUGCGCCAGCUCGGCGUGGCGAAGAAGUUCGGCGCGCUGUCCGAGAACGUGAAGGGCAAGCGCAUCGUGCUCAUCGACGACUCCAUCGUGCGCGGCAACACCAUCGGACCCAUCAUCAAGCUGCUGCGCGACGCCGGCGCCGCCGAGGUACACAUAAGGAUAGCAUCUCCGCCGCUCAAGUACCCUUGCUACAUGGGCAUCAACAUACCCACCAGGGAGGAGCUCAUUGCCAAUAAGAUGGACUCGUUUAAACUGGCCGAGCACGUCGGCGCGGACAGUCUGGAGUACUUAUCCGUGGAAGGUUUGGUGAGCGCGGUGCACUACAACAUGAAGACGACGCCGUCGGACGGCGUGGGGGGGCACUGCACCGCCUGCCUCACCGGCGACUACCCCGGCGGGCUGCCCGACGUCGACUGGUGAGCCGCUGGUCGACUCACCACCGACACUAGAGCGAGGCGACCGCUUGGUCGACUCAACGCGAGGAAUGUACUCAGCUUUUAUCGAAGUAGAAUGAGACUUUUUAGACUUCGGAAUUAAUGGCAUGCAGGUAUCAGGCAUGUUUUAGUCGACCUAUCAGUGAAGAGAAGUGAUUCAAAAGAGUAGUGGUAUAGGGUUGACUUGUAAAUCAACGCCCAAGCAUUUUCAUCACCAAUUAAAGAAGUUUCGGUCAAAUGAAAGCGCUGAAUCUGAUGGUUCCAAAUACCACUUCUCUCUCCGUCCCAUGCCGGCCAUCGAACUUCAACACCACAGCAAACUACGUGAAAACUAUUAAUAAGUCUCAGGAGUCCUAAGGCAUUUAUUUAGACUCUAAAUUCUAGAGCAUAAAUUACAAAAUAGAUGUAGAAGUGUGUGAUAUUUUUAAUAAUGUUAUUUGAUAUUCAAAUUCUCGUAAUAAUAGAUGAUAUUUAUAGAUGUAUCUAUAUUUCUUUAUCAGUGUAGUGACGAGACAGUUCCAACUUACAAUAAUUUAGUAAUCAAAUUGCUCAAUAGAUGGAUAGUUUUAAUGAAAGCUACCUGCAGAUUUACGCCCGUAAACGUUAUGUAUCUAAGGACGGCGCAUUGCUGUGAUAACAAGUCUGUUUCUCAGCUUUGUUUAUCUGACAGCUUGCUAUUUGUUCAGCUAUGUUUAUCUGACAGCUUGCUGUUUGUUCAGCUUUGGUUAUCUGACAGCUUGCUGUUCAGCUUUGUUUAUCUGACAGCAAACUAGAUUCAAGUUGUAUCACAAUAUUAGCCAAUCACAACGGCCCUAUGUCUACGCACUGCGAAGGCUGCCAUGCCGUCAGUACUGAGAAACAGACUUGUUAUCACAGCUUCUCUUCGUCCUUAGAUAAAAAACGUCUAUGAAUAAGGGGGUUAGUCUGUACGUGAGUAUGUAACUUUCAUUAACAUUACCACGCCAUUUUUAUAUAAUGUAGUUGUGUACUUUUAGUAUCUAAUGUACAUAGAAUUUACCUCGAAAAUGUUUAAGCACCGAAUCUCAAUAUUCGAAUAUAAACUUACAAGCCAAAUAAUACUACAAAAUAUAACAUAACUUAUACAAAAUAUAGCUUAUCACUGUAAGAAAACUCGAAUCAUUCAAUCUGUGGCUCACAUAUCCAAUCGAUAUGGUAACUAUGAUAUUAUUGAAGUUCUCGAAUGUUUGCAACGUGCAUUCAAAUGUGCACUCUAAUCGUCAAAGAUAUGGUUGUUCCUAGUCGACUGUUGAAUUUACCUUUAUCACGGUUAAAAGACGUCCAAUACACAAUAUUUAGCUUUGGACCGGUGUUUUGCCAUAGUUAUUUUGGUCAUUCACAUAAGUUUUUGUAACUGUAAAAAAUAAGCUCAAUGUACAGUCAGCCUGAAAAAUAGCUGAACGAGUUCGAAUCACCUUUAAACUUUUGUGUUUUACCAAAUAUUUUUCACUAAAAUAAUUUAUAUGAGAUUUAGUUUUCGUUAAACAAAAGAAAUAAUAUUGAAAUUAAUGUGUACAAAUGUACAGCUAUUUUUAUGCUGACGGUACUGUAAUGCAUUUUGUAUCGAAAGGGAAGGCGAAUUAUUAUUUUUCCAUACCUAUACAUUAGUUUAUUAGCAAUUAAAAUGAAAUUCCUAAUAAAAGAAAUGUAAUGCAAUAAUGGAGAAGCGUUUUAAGCAUUUACUGAUUAUAUUAUAUUUAUGUAGUAGUUAAAAAUAUUUUUAUAAUAUAUAUUUCGUCUCGAUCAAACACAGCAGGAAACGUCGAUGUUUACGUGUGGAAAUAUAGCCUAACUAGGAUCAUAAAACAACUGCCUUGUGGGCGCCACUGUCGCCUUUUUGUUUUAAAGUUAACAUUGUCAGUACAAGAAUUUAGUACCAUAGUUUAUCUCAAGAUGGCGAGGUUUUUUAUUUUUCUGGUCAGGCUAUACUUAUUUUAUUGCAAUGUCUUAAUUAUGAAAAUUAAUUUAUAUUUUUUAAAUAUGUAGGGUUGUGGUUUAAGCCGAGGUUUAUAAAUCAUAACAAAUUAGAUAGGUAUAUGGCUAUUACAGAAAUUAACUGUCCGGAAUGAAGUUAGUCACUUCUCGCCUGUCACAGUCUUGUCUCUAAAAAUAUGACUCGUAACUAACUUCCGACAGAGUGGAUAGAUUGGAUUAAUUAUAUUGUCUCUCGAAUGGCACGAGUUAUCAUAUUUUAUAUGAAAGUGCUUCCCCUAGCACUAAUAUAACGUUGUACAAUACGGUAUAACUGUUUAAAUACGGACGAAUAAAAUAAGAUAGUAUGUUAUUUACACAACUAUAUGUUAAAUUAUGUGUAAGAGUACUUUAUAAAUAAAAAUAAGUUGAAUUUUAUGCAUGUGUUAAGAAGCGGCAAAA